UCAGUUGAAUAGCUUCUACUAGUUAGUAAUAUGAUGGUGAGAAGUAGCAAAAAGAAAAGUUCUCUGGUUCCUGAAGUGAUGAUUACUAACCUUACGAGUGUAGAACAUAAUGAUGACGUAUCUAGAGAGGCAGCACGUGAGAGGAAUUCCCGAUCUGUAUCCAUUUCCCGGUUAAAAUCGAACGAUCCCCUGCGUAAAGAAAUUAUGUUCAUUCGAGAUAAAUCUCCUUUCGAAAUUGGGAGAGAUCGUAAUUUGCAACUGGCUUCAUCAAAAGCCAUAAUAGACAAGGCUCUUAUCAUGGACAUUUCUGGUGGGAUUACAAGGGUGGAUGAAUAUGUAUCACUUUUUUUUUCGCCGGAAUGUGUAAUAGAUGAGGCAGCAUGCAAUGAUAUUUCCACACAACAAGUAAUUGAAGUAGUAGUGAUAGAGGAAGAAGAACAUUCGGAAAAUACAAUUUGCUUAGAUUUAGAUGAUACAAAAUAUUCAUUGCAAGAUCAACAAUUUUCAGCAGUCCCUGAAAAUAUAUUACAAGCUGUUUCGGCAACACAACUUAAAACAGAAGUUGACACUGAACCAGUUACUAUAUUUACCGAACAGACGAUAACAGAUGAGCCAAAUAAUUCCGAUCAUACCGAUACUAUUACCAUCGGCAAUGCAAAUCUAGAUGAAAAAUAUUUACAAACCAUCGCAUUAGAAGAUCUAGAUAUGCCGAAAGAAUUUAAAAUAAAAGAAAACAAACCUUUAGACGAUAAUGACGAAGAAGAAGAAAAAGAAUCCGGUGAGAAGGAAUUAGAAUCAUCUUCUGAUGAAUCGUUUGAAGAGCUAGUGGAUCCUUCUUUAUGGAAAACAUACAAUGCUGAUGACGAUGAUGAUACAGCAUGGUUUUAUAAAAAUACGGAAAAAGAUCUUCCUGAACUAACAGAGAAGGAAAAGGAUGAUGAAUUUAGGAAAGAACGAUUGGCAAAGCGAUCCCCUGUAUUCUUAACAAAUUUAACAGAUCGCGCCGGUCCAAUAGGAUCCGAGAUAAAACUUCAGUGUUCAGUCGCUGGUUUCGAAACAACAGCUAGGUGGCUUAAAGACGAUCAGCUUGUUGAAAGAACAUCCAAGUUAAAUACAACAACGAUUGACGGUCUCCAUUCAUUAAUUCUUAAGGAUAUUCAGAAAUCCGACGAAGGUAUAUAUACAAUCAUUGCCAAAAAUAGAGGCGGGGAAGUAUGCUCGUCCGCAAAUGUUCAGGUUUACGAAGUUACAAUAGAAAAAAUGGAAAUUCCUGUAAUUAUAAAAAUCAGAGAUUACUAUCAUCAUCCAUUGAAUGAUUUAAUUAUAGAAUGUCAAAUCACUUUCAAGCAUAGUAGGUGGAUGCCUGACAUACUUUGGCUAAAAGAAAAAGAACAAAUUGUACUGGAUGAGCGGAUACGGGCAACCUAUGAAGGCAACGAGAUUUUUCAAUUAAAUAUUUAUAACCCUACUAUCGCAGAUAGUGGAGUUUAUACAUGCAUCGCGAAAAAUUCCGCAGGUGUUGUGAGUAUUGCACACGAAGUUGAGUUUACUGAUAAAGUACACUUUAUUCACCUUCCUGGAAUGCAUCACGCAGCUAGAAAAAUCAGCACUGAGGAAAAACUGUCUGAAAAACAGAAAAUAAAAUUAGCAGAUGAUCGAACUACUAUUGGAAAAGUCAUACGAUCGCAAGUACCAAUGGAACCAUACAAAGAAGAAUCGUAUGUUAUUCGUAAUUCAAAAAACAAACUAUCAUGGGCAGGACAGUUGAACAAUAUUACUGCACAAAUAGGGCAGAAAGUGAAAAUGAUUUGCUCGGUCAAUGGAGUUGAGGCAAUUUUGAAAUGGCAAAAAAAUGGAAAAAUGAUUGAUUUUUGUGAACGCAUUAAACUGCUCAAUAGUGGAGUGAUUGCUCAAAUUGUCAUCAAAGAUGUUCUUCCAUCAGAUGCUGGCGAAUAUACAUGCACUGCGAAGAACAAUUAUAAUGAAAUAAAAUCAACGUGCCUCCUGAAAGUUAUUCAACUUGCAACCGGGGAAAUGACUCCUCCAACUUUCACGAAAGCUAUAAAAGAUUUUAUCAUUUUAUUUUGUAGACCGUGGAAUAUGUUGAGAGUAGAAUGGUAGGAGAAUGUCGAACAGUCUAGAAGAAUUCCCUCUCAUACUUCUACUACCAACUUACCAGAACACCAAAGUGAAGAUGAGCAACGAAGCGAAGGGAAACGUAUUCUAGUGAAAACUCACUCUAAAUACUCUCCCGCAACCGUGUGAUAGUAGGUUCACGCAAUAGACACUAGAGUUGUCUACACACUUUGUAUUAACUCAGAAAUAGUUGUUGAUAACAAUAUUGGUUUCUUCUCACUGUCCUGACUACUGAGCGCUCUGUUGCACUAGCGAUUGUUCGUUUUCUCUACUCACUACAUAUGAUUGAGUGUGUAUAUAGCGAUACGCUGUAUGUAUAAUACUGUAAUGGAAAUUGCCUGGUUCCUAUAAUUUCAACACUUCCCCUCAAUUUUCAUUCCUAACAUUUCAAUCAUGUUUGAAAACUUUGUUUUUGUAAGUGAUUUAGUAAAUACAUCUGCUACUUGAUUUUCUGAA